GUAUCAGCAAGCUUCAUAAAAAUAUUUUUAACAGGAAUGAGUUCUAUACCGUGCCAGAAGGCAAAAAUAAAGGAAAGCAAGUGGAAAAUACAAAAGAUACUAAAGACUCGGAUCAUGGCAAUACACGUAGAAAGAAGAAACUUUCGAAACCUAAUUCUACACCAAAGGUUACGCCAAAGAAAAUAAUGGCUCUUACAGUCAUUUUAAUGCUUGCUGUUGUUAACCCAUUCAACUUUUUUUUGGUUUAUCCGGCUAUGAAGGCUAUGAAUAAGGAUCAUCAUCCACCUGAGCGCACAAUUAUAUCGUUGAAUUCGUUAACAAAAUGUGAAAAAUCAGACAAGGAUCCAACUAAAAAAUUAUGCAAAAUUGAAAUGGAUGAUACCGAUUACGGAGGGCACAUCGAAAUUUAUGCCAAGACUCCAAAUGACGACGAUCAUUUAAGUCUGGUUACAAAAGUUGACAUAACCGAGUGCAAAAUGGGUACUAACGUUGUUAUUGAAAAGUGGCAUACUGGAGAAGUUAGAGCAAGAUGUGAAAAAAAUGUGGGACUGGUAGACUUGGAUCAUCCAGAAAAUAAAAUUAAAUUGAAUUCUGAGGAGGCUAAGAAAGUUAAAAAGUGUAUGUUGAUAUUUAAUUAGGAAUUUUAGAGGUACAAUCGGGAUUUGCAAGACAGGCUUGGAUUCUUUGACUAAAUCUUG